AUGUUUAUUAGUAAACAGUUUUCUAUAAUUUUCUGUAAAUCAUUACAGUCCGCCGAUAUUUUUUAGUGAUUUCGCCAAUUUUUGAGGGAAAACCGACUUCAAACCAUGACUGUGUUCAAUUUGGAACAUUUCCCCAACGUGUGUCGUUUGUGCUUAAAGUCAGACUCGGAAAAAUUACACUCGGUGAAGGAUAACAUGGAAGCGGUCCAAAUGCAGAUCGAAACAUUCGUGGCAGAAGUUACGUACGAAUUAUCCGAGGAAAAACUUAAUCAGCUUCCCAAGUUUGUGUGCGAAACGUGUUUGAAGCAGCUAACUGAUUUUGCAAUUUACCGGAAUAAAGUAAUUCUGACCCAUCGGUUUAUGGAAGCUUUGGUUGAUUUGAAACAUUCCAAUUCUGCACCGAUGACUACUCUCUUCGGGGAACGUAAGCAGGAGCUAGACGUACUUUUCAAAGACCUUUCGAUCUGCACCAAACCGGAACCACAUAUUGAGGACAUACUACAAGAAUAUGAAUCGUACAACUUUGUAAACUGCGAGAUGCCGGUUAAAGUAAAAAUGGAAGAGCAAUCUGAGCCGGACGAUAUGCCAGAUGAUGAUGAUUCUGAUUUUGAAUUAUCCGAGAAAUCGGAGAAUGAAACACGGUCGGGUAAAAAGUCGCUAAAGAUUUCCAAGAUAAAGAUAAAAUCAGAUGACUCUUCGAGCGACAAUGAACCGCUUAUUACGAAAAGGAGAAAGAUAUCUAAAACAAAGUCGAGUCCCAAGGCUUCAAAUAAUGGCCCUAAAAAAGUAGGACGUCCAAGGAUUCACCCGGAAGGAAGGCAUCUUCAGGAACCAUGGUCAUGCGAUAAAUGUAAAUUCAAAACAAAAUACCGUGUAGCCGUUAAUCGGCACAAGGAAGUGCACGAGAGACGAGAGAACCGAACUUAUCCUUGUUCGUCCUGUGAUUUGGUGUUCAAGACUAACGAAGAAAUGCGAACUCAUGGCUUGUCGCAUCUGGAGAACCGAAUUGUAUGCGAAGUGUGUGGUGCAUCGCUCAAGAGUGGCUAUGCAUUGAAAAUACACAUGGAAAGGCACGAAAACAAGAGAAAAUACUCUUGUGACUAUUGCGACUAUGCUUCCUUUACUAAACUUACCUUGAGAGCGCACAUAAAGACGCACACCGCUGAGAACAAGGAAAGCUGUACAUUGUGUGGUGCUACGUUCAAAAAAUCAGGUCAUUUGAAGCGUCACAUGGAGGGUCACAACAAUGAAAGGAAACAUGCUUGUGAGCAGUGUGAAGCGCGAUUUAAUACAAGAAAUGCACUCCGGAAUCAUUACCAACGCGUUCAUUUGGGUAUUCGUCACAAUUGCGACUACUGUGACAAAAACUUUGAUCAAAGAAUCAUUCUGCGGGAUCACAUUGAACGAGUCCAUCAGAUUCAAUGUCAAUUCGUAUGUGACAUUUGUGUCAUCACAUUGGACAGCCAAGAGCGAUUGGAUGCCCAUAAACAUCGGCAUGACAAUCCUAAACCAAGAGAAUGCAGUGUGUGUCUAACGAUACAUCCGUCUCCGGAAGCGCUGGCGAACCAUUUGUGCAUCACCUACCAGGAUGACUACAUGUGCUGCAACAUUGAUUUGCGAAAUCACUCGAAAUAUAAUCGACACAUGUUGAUGAAACAUGGUCUCAAAACAAAUGUUCGGGUGAAACCAAUUCCCGGAGUGCUUUUGGGCAAUUUGAGGGGAACCCGUAAGCGGCUGGAGCUGUGUCGCAAGUGCGACAUUGCUUUCCCAACAAAAGCACUGAAAGUGCAACAUAUGAUCGAGUGCAACCGAUCGACGGCACCCGUUCCGGCACCGCAGAUAGAGAUUCCUCCUGCGGAAAGUGAUGUUCCGAUGCAUCUUAAUUACUAGACGACAGUUAAGUGGUAACAACAGCCUACUUCCCGAUGAAGUAUUUCAUUUUGUUGAACGUACAUUGUUAUAGGGCAAGGGUAAGAGUACUAUUUUUAUUUUAAGAUGGGAAAUAUGAUGAACUGGUAGCACAACGUCGUUUUGACGAUUCUAUAACAUUCCCCAGAAAACCAUACCCCAGAAAACCAUUCCCCAGAAAACCGUUCCCCAGAAAACCACUCCCCAGAAUGCACCAUUCCCCAGAAAACCAUUUCCCAGAAUGAAACUUUCCCCCGAAAACCAUUCCCCAGAAUGCACCAUAUCCCAGAAUUUUUUUCAUACCUUCAAAAAGACUCCUGCAAUGAAAAAAAAAAAGAUUUUCUAACAGGUGCCAACUAAAAAACCGGAAUAAAAGAAUGGCUCGGGAAAAAAACACUCAUUUGGCUUUUCCGAGCAAAUGCGUAUUUUAAAAGAAGGAAUCAUCCAUUCUUCUUCUUCUUCUUCUUCUUCUUAUUGGCAUUACAUCCCCACACUGGCACUUCCACAGUUAUUAACUGCGAGAUUUCUAAGCCAGGUUACCAUUUUUGCAUUCGUAUAUCAUGAGGCUAGCACGGUGAUACUUUUAUGCCCAGGGAAGUCGAGACAAUUUCCAAUCCGAAAAUUGCCUAGCCGGCACCGGGAAUCGAACCCAGCCACCGGGAAUCCGGGAAUCGAACCCAGCUACCCUCAUUGUAGCCGCACGUCUUACCGCACGGCUAAGGGGGCCCCUAUUCGUUAACCUUAUUUCGGGCAAAGUCGUGCUUUUCAAGAAGGAAUUAUUUACUCAUUUUUCUAUUCGUGUGCCUUAUUUUGGACAAACGCGUGUGUGGCACAAAAAAUAGACUUAUUUGCCCUAUUCAGGAAAAAUGCACGCUUUAAAAGAAGGAAUCAUCGACUUAAUUGCCUUAUUCCGGGCAAAUGCGUGGAUCCCUAUUGGUUUCCUCAAUCAAGGCGUGUUUUUUGUUUGUGGUGAAGCCAGAAUAGAUCGGACCACGUGAUACGACGUGACACGACAGUGCAGUUUGACAUUUGGAUAAAUAUGUUAUUCCUUUGCGUGAGCCGCGUCACGUCGCAUCGCACGUCGCGUUUACUCUGGCGGACACCUUCUGGUCAUUAUGCCAAAAGACACAUGUAUUUGAAACUAAUAGCUUCCAACAAUUACCACAGUGGUCCUUACACAUCCAACUCAUCACAAUAAAUAAUUUUUGUAUGGUCUUGCGAUGAUGUUUGUAAGAAAACAAGAAAAUUAAAUCAUUUUCAUCUAUGUAUUCUGUUUUCUGGGGAACGGUACAUUCUGGGGAUUGGUUUUCUGGGGAAUGGUACAUUCUGGCGAUUGGUUUUCUGGGGAAUGGUACAUUCUGGGGAAUGGAAUUCUGGGGUAUGGUUUUCUGGGGAACGGUUUUCUGGGGAAUAGUAUAGAACCGUUUUGACAGUUUUCAAGACCCUACUUUAAUCUAGCUUCAGGUCCUGAAGUUCAGUAAUGUAACUGUUUAAUGCAGACGGACAAUCACGUGAUGCAAUCGGUUCAAUAUUCUCAAACCUGCAAUGCUUGCAGUGGUGUCCCAUUAAAUUACUGUUGCAGGUUCUGCUAAUGGUCAUUUAGCUACAAUUUUGCGACUAAAAGGUCGAAACUGUCAAAUCAUAUAAUAGUUCUGAGCUUUUUCCGCAUCGUGCAGCAUUCAAAUUUUAAUCCAUUUUGUCCAGAAUGUUUUUGCAAGUAUUUUAGGAUGAUCAUUCCAGGCCGUAAAAGCUGUAAAAAUUAACACUUCCGGUUGUUUUCUAUUGACGUUGAACAACAUCUUAUUGGGUAUCAAAUUAAAAUUUAGAUUUCUUAAAAGCGUCGUAAGAUUUUGAGUCAUAAUUGCGCUUACAUUCUAUAAUGAAUUUGAGAUUCGUUCAAUUUGAAAAUCAUAAUUAUUGACAAGACCAAUUAAAAUCUCGGGAAUUUGCCAUCCGACUUGGCAUUUUGUACAACGUCUUACUUAUGCUUGUUUUUAUUUGUACACAACCGUUCUGAUUUUGUUUACACUAGAAUUAGUCUAUAGGUGCUUCCAAGGUAAAAAAGUUUCAUAGGUUUCAAACAGAAAAGCAAAACAGUCAUGUGGCCGAAACCGAAAUUUAUCUAAGUAUGGACACUAUACAGUACGAUAUCAUUGAAAUACUGUCUGUGUACAUUUACGAUGAGUCUGUGCUCUUACCCAACAAAACUUAUCACUUAUCAAGUAUUGUUUAAAUAAUGAAUUACCUUUAAGAAUCUCAACAUGUAAGUACGAACAACCUAUUUGUAUGAUAUGUUGAUUCCAAGAUGAUGUGUCUUUCUAUCUAUGUUAAGUACAUCAAAAGAAAUAAUUGGAAUAAUGCUUGUUUUAUAGUUUAAAGAUAUGUCCACAUUGAUUCUUUUAUUGGACUGCUGAAAAGGGAAGCCUGAUACCACAUAUGUGCGUUUUUAUCGAAAUUGAAAAAAAUGGGAAAACAUCACUUUGUUAGGAGGCAAAUUUUAUUUGAAUGCAAUCAACAAUUUAUAGAGACAAGUAUGACAGUCAUUGUUCUAUGACUACAGUUGAGCUUCACACUUCAGGCUACGAUCUAAUUUGGCGCCGGCAAACUUAAAACUUGGCAGCUCUGAACUUUCAUUGGUAAUCGAACAUGUGAAAAAAAAAUCGUCUGGGUCGAUUGCUAUAUAACUCUCCGGGCCUGCUAUAAAAAGUGUGUUUUGUGCAACUUACAAAAAUGCAUUACUGUGUUAGUUACGUGCUUAUUCAAUUGAAGCACGUGCUUCAUGAACAUCAAUGCUUAGCCCAACUAGCGAAAGCUGAUCAUAUACAUACAAUUUUAGAAGGAGCAUGAACACGAUUAUUUUGUCAUUUGCGCGUAAUUAAUUUUUCGACAUGUCAUUUAAUUUAAAAUAAACAUCAAUAAGUCUUUA